GCAAUACCAAGAGAUAGCGAUGUAAUCUACAUGCAUGAUGUUGACAUUUUACCUGAUAUCUAUGUGUGACCCCCGCCUAAGGUAGCUUUCGAUCCUAGCUGCGGGUAGCUAUAUGAUGAUGCCCUGAGCCCUUUUUUCGCGAACCUUGUUGUUUACCCUCAUCCGCUCGGGCCAAGUUCAUAUAGGUCGGCGUAUGAAGGUUGUCGUCGUUGUGCCACCGCGAAUAUGAGGUUUCAAUCUCAAGCGCAGGUAGCUCUAGCUGCCCUGCCUACCGCGCUCGGCAUCACGCCAGAGCUUAUGCUUGCCGCGAACCGCUAUGGCGUCGCCGCGCCAAACCCUAGUGGCGACUUCGCGAUUUAUACGGUUUCAAACUACACGUUCGAGACGAAGGCGCAUGCGUCGCAGUGGAAUAAGCUCGACUUGAAGACCGGCGAGAUCUCCCUCUGGUAUGACGGCUCUGAUAUCUCGGAAGUUGUGUUUGUUGGUCCCACUCCGACAAGCAUCAUUUACAUUAAUGGCACCAACGCCGAAAAUGAUGGCGGCAUAAGUUUAUACUCCGCAGAUGCCAACUCCUUAGGUGAUGCGCAAUUGAUUGCCUCGUUGCCUGCGCCAUAUUCAGGACUCAAAGCCGUUCAGGUACCAUCCGGCGAUAUUCACUUUUUAGUAUAUACCAAGGCGUACCCCAAUGGCACCGCAUACAAUGAGCAAACUGCAAGCACAGCCGCUAGCACGGCCAGGAUUUAUACGUCCACUUAUGUUCGGCACUGGGACACAUGGCUCAACCAGGAGAAGAACGCCGUCUUUGGAGGUGUACUGAAGGGAGGUAAUGGUUCCUAUUCCUUCUCUGGCGAAUUGACCAAUUAUGUCACUGGUAUCUGCAAUGUCACAUGUGCCGAAAGUCCUUAUGACCAGAGUGAUGAGAGCGACUACGAUAUCUCACCUGAUGGCAACAGUGUUGUCUUCCUAACCAAGGAUACCUCGCUUCCGUUGGCUAACUACACCGCUGAUGUAAUCUACACGGUGCCGUUCAACGGUACCUCCAAAGACGUAAAGGCGAUUAACGCUCGGGGAACUACUAAGUAUCUUGAUGCUGAGGGUGCUGCCACGAGCCCUAGGUUCUCUCCUUCUGGCAAGCACAUUGCGUAUUUCCAGAUGAACGGGAUCGCAUACGAGUCGGACCGGAAUAUCCUUUACGUUGCCAAUGCGGACUCGGAAGACUUUAACGUAACAGCUCUUGCCCAUGAUUGGGAUAGGUCACCUGAUACUAUGGCAUGGUCAAAGGACUCGGAAACCAUCUUCGUUUCGGCUCCUGAUCUCGGCCGAGAACGAAUAUUCCCUGUCCCCCUCACUGCCGGCGACUCUUAUGUGCCCAAGAAUAUUACGAAUGAAGGAGUGCCUUCCGGCUUCUAUGUCUUGCCUGACAAUUCGGUUCUCGUGUCCGAUUCUAAGAUAUGGACCAGCCGUGAUAUAUUCACCGUUUCGCCGGAAGGCGAUCUCAUCAAGACCUACUUCCAGGCCAACCUUGUCGAUCCCGGCUUGAAGGGACUGAAGCCUGAAGACGUGUCCGAAUUUUACUAUUCCAGCAACAGUUCCGAAAUUAAGCAGCAAGCCUGGAUCAUUUAUCCGGAAGGCUUCGACGAGAGCAAGACUUAUCCGUUGGCGUUUAUCACCCACGGCGGUCCCCAAGGCGCGCAUUUUAACUCGUGGUCGACGCGGUGGAACUUCAAAGUUUGGGCGGAUCAAGGUUACGUCGUCAUCGCACCAAAUCCGACAGCCAGUUCAGGUUGGGGCCAAAAUUUGACAGAUGCCAUCCAGGGCCAUUGGGGGUCGUACCCGUACUGGGAUUUAGUGCACGUGUGGGACUACGUCAACGAGAACCUGAAGUAUGUUGAUACGGAAAACGGUAUCGAAGCUGGCGCGUCCUUUGGUGGAUAUAUGACCAACUGGAUCCAAGGACACGAACUCGGAAGACGAUUCAAAGCUCUGGUGACGCACGACGGGAGCACAUCGACUCUGAAUCAGUACGCAAGCGAGGAACUAUGGUUCAUGAAUCACGACUUUGCUGGCCCAUUCAACCAGACCGGCUUCGUACCUGGAUCGCCCUAUUAUGAGUGGAAUCCGCUGCUGUACGUGGAUAAUUGGGCAACGCCGCAUUUUGUGGUGCACAACUCCAUGGACUUCCGAUUACCUGUCAGUGAAGGUAUCCUCCUUUUCAACAUGCUCCAGACCAAAGGAGUACCAAGCAAGCUACUGAAUUUCCCUGACGAGAACCAUUGGGUCUUGAACCAGGAGAACAGCUUGGUUUGGCAUACCGAGAUCUUCAAGUGGAUUAAUUACUAUAGUGGUAUUAGUAAUGCUUCGAGUCCCUAUUAGGACCGAAUGAGGAAUUUGGGAUAGACUUUCUUGAAUCCCGUAAUACAUAAUUCAAUUAGACAUGAUUGUCUGAUCAAGCGAUUUUGUGUGCGUAUAUGCAUGUGCUUGGUGCCAUUAAACAAGUGACUCGUUACGGUGCAUGAUGUGAC